UUAACAAGAGUUUGUAGUGUUACCAUAUUAUAUGAUUAUGAUAUAUAUGAAAACUGUUUCUUAUGAAAACUCUGCUGUCAAAUUUUGACGGAAGAAAACAACUUUGAAUGUUUCUUUUUGGCGUGAGCUGCAGACAAAAUGGUUAAAGUCAAGUGCUCAGAUUUAAGAACAAAGGACAAAAAAGAGCUCACAAAGCAGCUCGAAGAGUUGAAGAAUGAGUUACUUAACUUGCGAGUAGCCAAGGUUACCGGUGGAGCACCUUCAAAGCUCUCAAAAAUCCGUGUCGUACGCAAAGCCAUUGCCCGUGUUUAUAUUGUGAUGCACCAAAAGCAAAAGGAAAAUUUGCGUAAGGUAUACAAGAAUAAAAAAUAUAAGCCAUUGGAUUUGAGGAAAAAGAAGACCCGCGCUAUGCGCAAGGCUUUGUCACCUAGAGACGCCAACAGAAAGACCCUUAAGGAAAUCCGCAAGAGGUCUAUUUACCCACAAAGAAAAUUUGCUGUCAAAGCUUAAUUUGUGGUAUAAACAAACGUUAUUACAAUAAAUAAGUGAAGUUUAAUAACACAAUUUAAUUUCUUUCAUUAAUAAUAAAAAGCCAAAUGUGUCGCAACUAAAAAA